UGGAAACCGAAACUAGGAAGCUGUACGACAGGUGACGCGACAUUUGUAUUGCGAUUAAUAUUAUGCUUAUAGAUCUGAUAGGCCAACUCCGUUGCUUGACAAUCUGUAAAUGUUUAACGCUGAUUUGUAUUUUAUCGCUCUGUUUAAUUUUUACUCAAAAUAUCUAUUACCCUAAAAAAGAACAAAGUAAAUAUACAUCAUCAUCAAAAACGGGGAAAACGGCCAGCAAAUCUGAGUCUAUAAGUACUAGUACUACAACGGCAGGAAAGGGUAGUAACGAUAUGUUACAACGUUAUAAAGCUGCAAUGGUGUUAAGUGGUGCAGGUGACGCCAUUGGUUACAAUAGAGGUAGAUGGGAAUUUUGUAAGGAUGGUCUUCAGAUACAUGAAGAGUUAAAAAAAAUGGGUGGUCUUAAUAAAAUCAAUGUUGCAGAACAAACAGAGGGAAAUAGAUAUAAAUGGUUGGUUAGUGAUGAUACAGUGAUGCAUCUAGCUACAGCUGAAGCUCUAUAUGAAAAUGGUGAUUUGGAAAAAACAUUGCGUAAUAUAGGUGAUAAUUACAAAAAAUGUAUGCAGGAUAUGUCCGGUAGAGCACCAGGUCCAACUAGUAUGACUGGAGCCCAGAUAUGGAAUCCUAAUAGUGAGAAAAGACGAGUUCUUGCAUUUGAUCCUAGGGGUGGUGGAUGUGGUGCUGCUAUGAGAGCUAUGUGUAUAGGAUUACGUUAUCCAAGAGUAGAAGAUGAAAAUAAUUUAAUAGCUAUAAGUAUUGAGAGUGGUAGAAUGUCACAUCAUCAUCCAACUGGUUAUCUAGGAGCUUUAGCAUCAGCUUUAUUUACAGCUUAUAGUGUCCGAGGUAAAGAAUUAAAGGAAUGGGGACAUGGUUUAAUGGAGAUGUUACCUAGAGCCUUAAAAUAUGUUCAAGAGGCUGGUCAUAGCGUAAAAGAAAAUGAACUUGCUUGGAAUGAAAAUAAAUCAUUUGGAGAUCGAUGGAGGAAUUAUCUACGGGAUCGUAAGAUAUUAGAUGGUAAAAGUGAACCAGUAUUUCCUGAGAAUUAUGAUGUGAAACAGCGAGAUGAAUUUUACAGAUCUGUUAGUUACAGUGGUUGGGGUGGAGCUAGCGGCCAUGAUGCUCCUCUUAUAGCAUAUGACAGUAUUUUAUUUGCUAAAGAUGACUGGACUGAAUUAGCGAAUCGAGCGUUCUUUCAUGGUGGUGAUAGUGAUAGUACUGCUGUAAUGGCUGCCUGCUGGUUUGGAGCUCUUUAUGGUUACAAAGGUGUACCAGAAUCAAAUUACAAGGGUCUUGAAUAUCAGUCCAGAUUAGAAAAAGCUGGGGAAAUUCUGUACAAAUUAUCUCACCCUGAGCCUGCAGCAGCACCAGAUUCACAAUUAUCUUACCCUGAGCCUAUGGAAACACCAGAUUCACUAUCAUCUCAGCCUAAGACUGCAGAAUCACAAGAUUCACAAUCUGAGCCUGUAAAAGAACCCGAAUCACAAUUAUCUCAGCCUGAGUCUGCAGCAAAACCAGAUUCACAAUCUGAGCCUGUAAAAGAUAUGUUACAACGUUAUAAAGCUGCAAUGGUGUUAAGUGGUGCAGGUGACGCCAUUGGUUACAAUAGAGGUAAAUGGGAAUUUUGUACGAAUGGUCUUCAGAUACAUGCAGAGUUAAAACAAAUGGGUGGUCUUAAUAAAAUCAAUGUUGCAGAACAAACAGAGGGAAAUAGAUAUAAAUGGUUGGUUAGUGAUGAUACAGUGAUGCAUCUAGCUACAGCUGAAGCUCUAUAUGAAAAUGGUGAUUUGGAAAAAACAUUGCGUAAUAUAGGUGAUAAUUACAAAAAAUGUAUGCAGGAUAUGUCCGGUAGAGCACCAGGUCCAACUAGUAUGACUGGAGCCCAGAUAUGGAAUCCUAAUAGUGAGAAAAGACAAGUUCUUGCAUUUGAUCCUAGGGGUGGUGGAUGUGGUGCUGCUAUGAGAGCUAUGUGUAUAGGAUUACGUUAUCCAAGAGUAGAAGAUGAAAAUAAUUUAAUAGCUAUAAGUAUUGAGAGUGGUAGGAUGUCACAUCAUCAUCCAACUGGUUAUCUAGGAGCUUUAGCAACAGCUUUAUUUACAGCUUACAGUGUCCGAGGUAAAGAAUUAAAGGAAUGGGGACAUGGUUUAAAGGAGAUGUUACCUAGAGCCUUAAAAUAUGUUCAAGAGGCUGGUCAUAGCGUAAAAGAAAAUGAACUUGCUUGGAAUGAAAAUGAAUCAUUUGGAGAUCGAUGGAGGAAUUAUCUACGGGAACGUAACAUAUUAGAUGGUAAAAGUGAACCAGUAUUUCCUGAGAAUUAUGAUGUGAAAAAGCGAGAUGAAUUUUACAGAUCUGUUAGUUACAGUGGUUGGGGUGGAGCUAGCGGCCAUGAUGCUCCUCUUAUAGCAUAUGACAGUAUUUUAUUUGCUAAAGAUGACUGGACUGAAUUAGCGAAUCGAGCGUUCUUUCAUGGUGGUGAUAGUGAUAGUACUGCUGUAAUGGCUGCCUGCUGGUUUGGAGCUCUUUAUGGUUACAAAGGUGUACCAGAAUCAAAUUACAAGGGUCUUGAAUAUCAGUCCAGAUUAGAAAAAGCUGGGGAAAUUCUGUACAAAUUAUCUCACCCUGAGCCUGCAGCAAAACCAGAUUCACAAUCUGAGCCUGUAAAAGAUUCACAGUUAUAAUAAUAUCAUUUACAGUGAUAAUAUUAUCAUCUACAGUUAUAAUAUUAUCAUCUACAGUUAUAAUAUUAUCAUCUACCUAGAAAAUUAUAAUAUUAUCAUCUACCAAAAAGUUACAAUAUUAUUAUCAUCUACCUGGACAGUUAUAAUAUUAUUAUCUACCAAGAAAGAUAUAAUAAUCUACCAAGAAAGUUAUAAUUUUAUUAUCAAACAACAAAGUUAUUCUAAUAGUAUAAAUAUAUUUAUGUAUGGAAUAUAUCUAACCUAAUUAGUGUAGUAAUGAACCCUUAUUAAAAUAGUAUCAUCUACCAACUUAAUUAUUCAAAUAAUAGGAAUAUAUUUAUGUAUAAUAUACAUCUAUUAUAAUAGAUCUAUCUGAGCCUGUAAAAGGUUCACAGUUAUAAUAAUAUCAUUUACAGUGAUAAUAUUAUCAUCUACAGUUAUAAUAUUAUCAUCUACAGUUAUAAUAUUAUCAUCUACCUAGAAAAUUAUAAUAUUAUCAUCUACCAAAAAGUUACAAUAUUAUUAUCAUCUACCUGGACAGUUAUAAUAUUAUUAUCUACCAAGAAAGUUAUAAUAUUAUUAUCUACCAAGAAAGUUAUAAUAAUCUACCAAGAAAGUUAUAAUUUUAUUAUCAAACAACAAAGUUAUUCUAAUAGUAUAAAUAUAUUUAUGUAUGGAAUAUAUCUAACCUAAUUUGUGUAGUAAUGAACCCUUAUUAAAAUAGUAUCAUCUACCAACUUAAUUAUUCAAAUAAUAGGAAUAUAUUUAUGUAUAAUAUACAUCUAUCUUAAUUUUACUCAAAAUAUAGAAACCAUUUACUUUUAUGAAAUCAAGUUGAUGCAAAUAAAAGGUACACCUGUGUUGUUUGUAAUACACAAACACCAUCGACACGAUUGUCUGUACAUUCAGAUAUAAAUACAGAUUCAUUGUUAUAAUCUUUGUUUACUGUCUAUUGUGUGUUUUAAUAAAAUAUUUUAACCAUU